AGUGACAAGAGCAUUUUUCUGCUGAACAUCUGAUGAAAACGUGGAGGAAAUAAUUAUUUUGGAAAAAUGAUAUGCAUUGUUUGGGACCCUCGCCGUAUUCUAUAGACAGUAGUCUAACACUCGCAAAAGAAACAUGGACCAUGUGAUAUCUAGCAGACAUCUAGGUCUAUUGAGGAAAUUGUUAUAAAAUGAGAAUGAUAUUUGAGUAAUUCUAAAUUGAAGAUAGUUUUCAUGAGUUGUUUUUACAAUAAAGGUGGCCAGCGCGCUAGGGUCUGAUGUGGAGACCACUGAUGCACCCUCCGGAAAAAAAUCUGGGCGCACGGUUUCUCGUGUUAUGUCAAAGACCUGCGUCAAGAGGUUCAACUGGUGAUGUAGGAAUCAUAGUCUGCGCAACGGACACAAAUGUGAACAACGGUCAAUACAACUUACACUCGGUAACUCUCUAAACCGGCCAUUAAAAUCUUAAAUUUAUUAAAUAAACAGAUAAAUGAAGGAUACAUUUUAGUUUAUUGCAUAAGGGUUGGAUACUGGCACGGACCGUUAUUUCCCUGGAGUUGCUCAGUUCCCUCCUCAGCACCAAGACAUUUCGCACUGUUUGGGUACCUGUCGUGCCAGGGAUGGCUGUUGACUGUCGGACUUUCGUGAGCUUUCAGCGCUUGUACUGAGGAGAUACAUCAAUUGUGUAAUUAAUGGAAAAAGUGUAUCCUGUUAAUUUUUGAAAUAGACAAGAGAAAAGUUGUGCGCAAAGUUCUGGCACCUUCCCUCCGGAGCGUCGUUAGGGACCAGAGUCGUCCCGCCUUUUUUCUCUUUUUUGUACGUGUGGAAGUUUCUGAAUCACCGGAAGGAAAGAUGACUCUACUUUGCACAGUGGGGUUUGCGGUGGUCGUUCUUUGCGGAGUGGCAGACAGCAGGGUGAUUCUUGAUGGUCUACAGAGGUACGGCCCCAUGCCCGGGUACCUGCCUGUCAGCUACCAGGUACUCAAUGCCAAGGCAGCCUUCUUCCUAAAGGAGGCCAACCAGGACCUAAUGAGGAACUCCAGCCUGCAGGCCAGGACCGAGCCCUUCUUCAUCCAGGAGGCCCGCCAGAUGCCCUUCAUCAACGCCAGCUACGGACCCCUGUCUGCCCAGCAACCCAUCCCCCUGGAGCUCCUACAGAGCCCCGGACCCUUCAACGGACCCUCUUUUACCUCCCUGUCAUCCUCCUCCUCCUCUUCUCCAUCCCUUUUCACCUACAACUGGAAGGUACACACCUUCAUCAUCAGUGAGAGGAUUCACCCCAGUUGGCCAAAGGUGCAAGUGUUGUUCUAUGUGGGAGGCAGGGACUGGGAUGACUAUACCACCAUCCACAGGCUGCCCUGUGUCAGGAUGUUUGCCUUCCACGAGACCCAGGAGGUGCGGGGCACGUGUCAUCUGAAGGGGGGAGCUGGGGAUGUGUGUGGCCGAACUGGAGCCCCUGGCUAG